CAUGCGCAGCGCCUUCCAGACAAGUGAUACGCAAAACUUAGUGUGAUCUUGGAAACUUCUAACGAAUUAUAAGAAAAGAAAAAGGACAUACAAUGUUGGAGGGCACGAAGAUAAACACACCAUCGCAAAUGUCCAGCAUAUUUGACAUUGCCAAAGACACCGUCCUGUUUCUUGUUUUAUCAUGCUACUACAUUUUGGAGUCCCUGUUUUGGACGCUAGUUCCGAAUGUACUGAGGCCUAUGAAAAGUCUCAAUGGUGAUAUCAUCCUGAUUACUGGAGGCGGCGGAGGAGUCGGUCGACAAUUGGCCAUCAAAUUGGCAAGACUUGGCGCCAAGGUCGUAUUAUGGGACGUCAAUAAAGAAGCUCUGAAUAAGACGAGCUCUGCCCUCAAAGAUGAAGGAUACGAAGUGGCGAGCUAUGUCAUAGACUUGGCAGACAGGGCAGCUGUCUACAGCACAGCUCAAAAAGUUAAGAUAGAGGUGGGAAAAGUGGACAUACUCAUUAAUAACGCCGGAAUCGUCUUCGGAGAAACUUUACUUGAUCUAAACGAUGCAGCGAUCGAAACUACGUACAAAGUUAACAUUAUCUCACAUUAUUGGACAGUAAAAGCAUUUCUCCCGGAUAUGAUUAGUUCGGGUAAAGGACAUAUAGUGACAGUGGGAUCCGUUGCAGGACUCCUGGGAACUUAUCGUUGUACAGACUACAGUGCCACAAAGUUUGCCACGGUCGGCUUCCACGAGAGCCUAUUUACCGAACUUCGAGCUCACGGUCACAACACGAUCCACGCGACGCUCGUGUGCCCAUACUACAUCAACACGGGCAUGUUCGACGGGGUCACCCCACGUCUCAUGCCGAUGCUGGAGCCCGACUACGUCGCCGAGACCAUGAUAGACUCCAUUCGCAAGAAUGAAGUCAACUGCAUCAUGCCCGGCUCCGUCAGAUACUUACUGCCGCUUAAAUGUUUACUCCCAGCGAAAAUGUGCUGGGACCUAAUGCACAGGGUCAUGAAAGGACCACAGUCGAUGAUGGAGCUCAAGAAGAAAACUGCAGUAGAAUGAAAAUACUAUAUUCCCUUCAUGUAGUUUUAGGACUGAGUAUUUUCAUGCGAAUGAUGAUAUAACAGAUGAUUUGAUGUUGUGGCGAGAAAGGCAGUUGUGAGUUUUUAAGUAUCAACUUUUAACGUUUUUAACGUUCGAGCAAAAUGAAGCCAGUACUCUUUAUAUUAAUUAAAAAACUAACUGCCCCUGUUGUUUAGUGGUUAGCAUGUUUAGCUACGGAUCACGAGGUUCUGGAUUCCAAUCCGAAUCAGUUACUGGGUUUUCUGUUAAAGAAUUUUCCAGCCCAGAGAUAGGGAAAUAGCAGUGUCAACGAAAUCACUUUAAGCCCAUUUUAAAACGCUAACUUUUGAUAAUAGUCGUUAAAACCCACCAACCCGCAUUGAAGCAGCGUGGUGGCUCCAGGCUCCAAUACCUCUUCUACGAAGGAAGUUAGACCAGCUGUGGAACGUUAAGCGAAGGCUUAUUUGAGUUAGUUAUUUGUGUUUGCCAGCGAAUAUAAAAAAAGGAAGUCACCCUUGCUAACAAAUUGUCUGAAAUGGGUACCAAUCAGUUUAAUAGCAAAAUACAUGAUUGGUUCUACUGUAUGUCAUGCAGCACGGGACUAGCCGUGAUUGGUCGGCAGUUAUUCUGUCAGCAUUGUGACUAGAAACUAAACGCAUGCGGGACACACUUCAUAAGCCACUCCCACCAAGGCUAGGUUUUCGUUACGGGCUAUUUUUUAAGCAGUUUUUCUUCUAUGUUUUUUCGUUAGCUGUAAAACAUUGAUUUCAGUUUCCGGCGUAUUUAUAAAAAAAAACGUGUGUAUACUUAUGCUCACGCGUUAGAAGUUAUACUUCUUUAGCGUAACAAGAUAAAAAAACUUUUAUCUUACGUCUUACUCCACGUUUGUAAAGGAAAACGACAAUAACAGUAGAAAAAAGGUAUUUAAUACAUUGAAAUUUUUAUCAUAACGCAUUAUCUAGUUUGACAAUUGAAAGUGUACACAGUGGCGUUCCUAGGGCAAGAAUUAGAGCAAGCCCAGUUAUAUUUAGGACUAAUUAGAAUUAUCAUAUGGCUGAUAUAAGGCAGUUGUUGUUGUGCUAAAUGAGAAAAAUCAAUACAUCUUUGAAAGACACUAAGAUUAUGGUUCACACGCGAUUUAUGAUUAGAAAUUUCGAUUGAUAAUUAAAGCCCGGCUUUUCGGCUUCUAUGGUAGUACCGCCACUAAGAGUACACUGUCAAACCUUUUUUUGUUAAACUAAAAUAUCGUCUAACUUCAGGGUGUCGGUUUUUUGUGACGGUGGGCGCGCGCAUGGUAAAAAGUGAAUUGGCGGACGAAAUAUUCCCCUCUCACUCGGUUACAUCGUAUAAUUUCACUCCCGUGAUUUUUUCCUAACGCGGCUAAAGAAGUAUAACUUCAAAAAAAAGUACAUCGUGCUUACCUAGUUAAGUAAUUUUUAGACGAAUUAUCUGUUUAGAAGACUGAAGACUAUGUAUUGUUUUAAUAAAUGAACAAAUUUUUAAAGUAAAAAUUGUUUUAAUACAGUAAAUGCAUCGAUG